AUGCCAUCAGUCCCUACACCAUCAAAAGCUGGAAUUGUCGAGACCACAACCGGAGAACGUCACAUUCCUUCUUCCGUUCGUCCCGAUGGCUCGAAACGCAGAGAAAUCAAGAUCAGACCAGGUUACAAACCCCCAGAGGAUGUCGAGGUUUACAAGAACCGUACAGCAGAUUCAUGGAAGAAUCGUGGGAGUGGAGGUAUACCCGGCGCAGACGGAUUGAAGGACGACAAAGACACGGCAGCUUCGGCUGCAAGUAACAAAAAUGCCAAGAGAAGAGAAGCCAGGAAGAAGGCAAAGGCAACAGAAGAAACGGGCGCUGGGAAAGUGAAGGAUGGUCCUGGUGGAGCUGGAAAGGAGAACGAAGAGGCUAUUGACCCCGAGGCGGAACGUGAAAAGAAAGCUAGAAAUCUCAAGAAGAAACUGAAACAGGCAAAGGAAUUGAAAGAGAAGAAAGAGGGCGGUGGUGCGUUGUUGCCGGAACAAUUCGCCAAGGUUAUCAAGAUCAAUGAACUGAUUCGCGAACUUGAUGGUUUGGGAUUCGAUGCCGAGGGAGAACCAAAGCCGAAGGAGGAAGACACGACGACUUGA